AUGGCAGCGAGACCGACGCAAAGAGGCAUAUCAGCCUUAUUCAAGGUCUCCUCUUCGAGAACAACACCAUUAGCAUACAGGAUACAAACCCGUACACUAUCUUCCUCGCGCAUCAACGCCGCAUAUAAUGCCACCCCGCCCAGAGCAGCAACAACAAGCACCUCCUCCACAGCAGCGAAACCCGCUUCCUCAAGCACAACAGCAAACCCCCAGCGAACCGUAACACCUCAAUUCCCCGCAAAAGAACCUCCAGUCCCCACGACCCGCAACGCCACUGCAGAUUCUGCCGCCGCCGCCGCUCAAUCGCAACGCUCACUCACCGAGGGCCUCUCCGAUGCGCCACCAGAGCUCGAAGGCGUACCCGCUAUAGACUGGACGCGCUCGUAUCACGGCCUCGGCAGCGUCUCGUUUACGCCGGAGCAGUCUGAAGCACUACUCGCACCCGUCACACAGGAUGACGUCGAAGUCAAGCCAGACGGCAUUUUGUACCUCCCCGAAAUCAAGUACAGACGUAUUUUGAACAAGGCGUUUGGGCCUGGUGGCUGGGGUCUCGCGCCGAGAGGCGAGAGCAUAGUGACUGGGAAGUUGGUUACGAGGGAGUACGGAUUAGUGGUACAAGGACGCCUUGUCUCCAUUGCCCGCGGCGAACAACAAUAUUUCGAUCCAGAUGGCAUCCCCACUGCGACCGAGGGCUGCAAGUCCAACGCCCUGAUGCGGUGCUGCAAGGACCUGGGUAUCGCCUCUGAACUCUGGGACCCGCGAUUCAUUAGGGAGUUCACAAGUAAGAUGACAAAGGAGGUGUGGGUCGAGCACGCGACCACGAAGAAGAAGCGCAAGAUUGUGCUGAGAAAAGACGAUAGCCCAAAGUAUCCGUUCAAGGAAGUCAAGUUAUAG